GGUCCAGCGGCGGAGCCGCGCCGGGAGCGGGUGCGCGGAGCCGCGCGGAGCGGUGCGGGGCUGUGCGGGGCCGUGCGGGGCCGAGCAGGGCCGAGACGAGCCGAGCCGAGCGGGGCGCGGGCGCUGCCGGUGCCUCCCCGGUGCCCGCGGGGCCGGGGCGGGCGGAGGCGGCGGGAGCAGAAUCUUCUCCUCUGCCCCCAGAGUAAGGGAGGAUGACAUAUCAGCUCCUCUGAGCCAGCAGUGCCCAGGGACCGGCAGAGCCAUGGAGCUGGAAUACGAGCUGCCCAACACCACUGCCUUCUGGUUCUCCCCGGCUUCCCCCUUUGACAACUUCUCCCUGGAGGCUCCCACCAACACCUCGCAGAACUCCACGGGCCACCACUUCGACCUGACCAGCAAUGCCAUCCUCACCUUCAUCUACUUCGUGGUCUGCAUCGUGGGGCUGUGCGGGAACACGCUGGUCAUCUAUGUCAUCCUCCGCUAUGCCAAGAUGAAGACCAUCACCAACAUCUACAUCCUCAACCUGGCCAUCGCUGACGAGCUGUUCAUGCUGGGGCUGCCCUUCCUGGCCAUGCAGGUGGCCCUGGUGCACUGGCCCUUCGGCAAAGCCCUCUGCAGAAUUGUCAUGACGGUGGAUGGGAUCAACCAGUUCACCAGUAUCUUCUGCCUGACGGUUAUGAGCGUCGACCGGUACCUGGCUGUCGUCCACCCCAUUAAAUCUGCCAAGUGGAGGCGGCCCAGGACAGCCAAAAUGAUCAAUGUGGCCGUUUGGGGCGUCUCCCUGCUGGUGAUCAUGCCCAUCAUGAUUUAUGCUGGGGUGCAGCACAACCACGGCAGGAGUAGCUGCACCAUCAUCUGGCCGGGAGAGUCGGGCGCCUGGUACACGGGUUUCAUCAUCUAUGCCUUCAUCCUGGGCUUCCUGGUGCCUCUCACCAUUAUCUGCCUUUGCUACCUGUUCAUCAUUAUCAAAGUCAAGUCCUCAGGCAUCAGAGUGGGCUCCUCCAAGAGGAAAAAGUCCGAGAAGAAAGUCACCAGGAUGGUCUCCAUCGUGGUCGCCGUCUUCAUCUUCUGCUGGCUCCCCUUCUACAUCUUCAACGUCUCCUCGGUCUCCAUCAUGAUCGUGCCCACUCCUGUCCUCAAGGGCAUGUUCGACUUCGUGGUGGUCCUCAGCUAUGCCAACAGCUGUGCCAACCCCAUCCUUUACGCCUUCCUGUCCGACAACUUCAAGAAGAGCUUUCAGAACGUGCUGUGCCUGGUGAAGGUCAGCGGCAUGGACGAGGCGGACCGGAGCGACAGCAAGCAGGACAAAUCCAGGCUCAACGAGACCACGGAGACCCAGAGGACCCUGCUCAAUGGAGACCUGCAGACGAGCAUCUGAGGGGACGGCGGGGUUGUCCUUCCUGCGCUCUCCUCUCCCCGCUUGCUCCCAGCAGGGUGGUGGCACGUGUGGAGUCAGGGCAGGAAUGCCAGCUGAGGGGAGGGCAGUGAGCACCCCCUGGGCACUGGGUCCUCGGCUGGGCUCCUCCUGAGCUCUGCUGGAUUGGCUUUCAAGCACUGGGAAGGAUAUGGAUCAAGAGGAGCUGCCUCACCAGGAAAACAAAGACAACUCACGGCGACGCACUGCAUUUCGACACCAAAGUGCCAUCGUGGCCACAAGUGUCGCUGGGGUGGCUCCGCUGGCUCCCCCGUGUCACCCUCGGGGCUGGUUGGCUUUGGGUCUCUGCCCCUGCACGGGUGGGUGCACAUGGACACAUGGGGUGACCUCAGGAGGGGCCGAGGCCACGGGUGUGUGAUAACAUGGAGAUGCACUGACCUGGUGGGAGCUGCCGGCGAGCUCCUGCCAUCGCCCUCCCCAGGAGACGAGGAUGUUUGGGGGCGCGUUUUGCCUGGGUUAUCAGUUCCUCCAUUGCCCCCCCCAGAAGCCUCCCUGCGCUGUGUGACCGCACUGCUGGCAGCAGCCGCCCCGCCCGGAGGGGACACUCCAGGAUGGAGGCGACUUCCCCACGGGAAGCAGCUCUGCCGCCUCGGCAGCCCCUCUGGUCCCACCACGCUCCUGCCCUGCCUCCUGCAGCCCUGCCAUCUCCCGCUGCAGGAGAGCCCUUUCCUUCCUCCUGCCGUGACAUCACCUGCCCGCAGAUCUUCUCCUCGGAUGGAAGAUUUCCCCCUUUUCCCUCCCCAGUGGCCGCUGCCCCUCCCGCCACCCGCAUCGGUCCCACGCUGCGCCGGCUGCCGGGAACCGGGAUCGCCGCUCCGAGCAGCCCGGCAGGACCGCCCAGCUCCGGCCCCUGCUGGGAAAUCCUUGGAAGUAUUUAAGCAGCAGUGACACGUCGGGGGUUUGGAGUACCUUUGGCACGGGCUCCUGCACCUGGCUGAGAUCUGGCUUUGUCCGGCCCCGGCUCCGAGGAUCCCUGGGGUGACACCCGCCCUGCUCCUUCCAGGCAAGUCACACUGGAGACUGGGGUGAUGGAGAGGACGAGGGACGGGAGGUGGGGGGUGCUGGGGGCUUGGCCCCCACCCCACCCGAGCCAAAGGGACCGGGCAGAGCAGACAAGAGGGCUUCCAGCACCUGGGAACGAGGAAGAGCAGGGCAGCACAUGUCCAGCCCCCUGGACCGUGCACAGGGUGAGGGGUGGUGGGACUGACCCAUCAUCUGCUGUAUUUGGCUUCCCAAGACUGUCCUGGAGCGCUGGGCUCUGUCCCUGUCUGCCCUCCCAGCCCAGCACAGCCCGGGGCUCUGGAGCCCUGACCCCCGGCAAAGCCCCUCCUCGGACAGCGCAGCAGGAACGCGAGGGAAAGCCCAGGGGAGAGGGAGAAGUGCCGUCUUCCUGCCGGAGCAGCCGGAGCAGCCUCUGUGCCAGAGGCCAGAGCUGUUCACAGGCUCUUGCUCCAGAGCUGAGCCGUGGGAACGCGGGGGUUUAGGUGGAGAAAACGGCCGGGUCUCGCUCACCCUCCCCUUUCUGGGCUCCCCCUCACCAGGGGAUGCAGAGCCUUCACCUGGCACCACAUUGCCCACGAGGUGCCACCUGCUCUGGGGUGCCACCUUGCUCAGCCACAUACCCCCAGUCGAUUCUCUUGAGAGCACCAGCUCUGGGAGAAGUUUUCCCACGGCUCUGCCCAGCUCCUGCAGCAAGAACCUGCUCGGGCCAUCACAUUCUGCUGUGCCAGGCCCACCAGCUCCCCAAAGAGGGCUCAGUGCCAGGCUGGGUACCUGCUCCCCGGCUCUGCUGGACAUGGCACAGGGCUCAGGGGUUUUCUGCAAGACAAAGCAGAGCCUCGUCAGCAUUUCUUUGCUUUUAACUAUUUCCUGCUCCUCCAAGGAAUGUGUGACACUGUUCAAGAGCUCAGAGGCACCGCGUGGGCACCUCCCUGUCCCCUGGCUGGGCACCGAGCGCGUCCCAGCGCCACUGGGGGGGAGGAAAGCCGAGCCCGGGUUCCCUGCUGAUGCUGCAGGAAUUAAAACACCAGCAGCAGGUCAUGCCACAGGGAAAUACAGGCUGGGGAUGGCUGGGAGCAGCAGAGCCCAUGCUGGGAUGAGGAUCUGUGUCACAGCCGCAGUGAUGCGUCAGUGGGGCCGUGGGCACUCCGUGCCUGGUGGGUGGGGAAGGAGGUGUCUGUGUGGGGGGUGGGGGUGGGAUAGGAAGGGGGGUGUGGAGCCCUCAGCACUCACCUGCAGCGGAGCCAGACCCAGAUUUGCCAGCGACUGACUUGUCCAUGCAGUCCCUGCCAUCGGAAUCCCAAUGGAUGGUGGGGGGAGACACCUGUUCCCAGUUGUACCCCACGGGGGUCUCCAGCAGGAGCCUCCAGCUGGGAGCACCCCCUCUCUGUGCUGGUUUAAGGUUGAAAUACAGGAAACCUGGCUUCCUAGCCCUGGGAAGGACCCAUGCCCAGGUCAGCUUUGUCCUGGCAAACUCCCCAGGCAGUGACACUCCUGGCAGCUCAGAGCUGUGAUCCGAAAUAAUUUCCCUUCUUUGCAUUUGGGGACUCUCCUGAGAUGGGGAUAAUGGAGCUGCAGGUGAGGAAUGAGGGGCAUGGAGCUCUGCCACCAACAUCCCAAAGGCCACCAAGGGGGGAUGUGCCAGGGCAGGGGCACAGGGUGUCUCCUGGGAGCUGCCAGGACUCCCCACAGCCACCUUUCAGAUCAACAGGGAGAAAGGGCAGGAGAGAGGAACAUGCCCCCAUGGAGUGCCCGGGGAGGGAGCCAACAGCCACAGCCCAGCGCUCACAGUAAAACCAGCAAAAUAAAACCUUCUGCUGGUUCACUGCUGACUAAUAAACAUCAGCACCGCUGCUGCUGCCAGUAAUGAAGUUUUCCUUCCCAGCCACUUGAUUUUAGUGGGAACUUGACCUCAUAUUGGAUCUACUCUGCAAAGCCUCUCAGGGUUGCUGGAGGCACGAUGAGAAACCUCUGCUGGUUAUCGCAGAGCCAACAGACUGAGCCCCAGAGUGCUUCACACACAGACUGCCCCCGGGCAGGAGGGAUUAGUGACAGCUCCCGCCUGGAGGGCGGGAACAGCAUUAACACAGACCAGAGGCGAUGGGAAGCACAGACCUGGGUGUUCCAUAAGCUCUCCUGGACGCCGGGAGCAGGGAUCCGGGAUCCGGCCCCGUUUGUGUGACAGUGCUGCCUCACCCGGGGGGUUUGCAGUGGGUCGGUCCUGCAAGAGACUUCCAGUCCUAGCACGGGCUGAGCAUUAUCCCAGCUGCUCCCACAUUAUCCCAGCUGCUCCCACCUGUGCCCACCUGGCUCUGGGUGCUGUGGUGGCCAGUGCCUCCCAGUGCUCCGUAGCCAAACCCCACUCAGGUGGGCUGGACCUGGAGCCUUCCUCUUGCAUCCCUACAGCUCCUCACAUCAGCACCAGCACUGCCUUGGACUUGUUUAAGGCAACCAUCUCCUAAGGACCAGCACUGCCGUGUCUCCAGAGGGCUUCCCGACUCUGGCACGGUGGGAAGAGCCUUGUCUUUGAUGAGACUCCACAGAGAGGUCCCUUCCUUCCCAGGCCUGCCUUAUGGUCCCCAUGCAGCUCUGUCCCAGCAGGGAGAGCUCCCAGGCUCGGAUCUGUGCUGGAGUGGCUCCACUCUCACAUCUCGGGGGGUUCUUCCAGCCCCUGCUGUGAACGAGCCGAUUUCAAACCCCUCAGGGAGAGUCUCCAUCCCCUCCUCUGGGGCUGCUCCAAGGAGGAAUCACCACCAAGGCACGAGCAGAGGGCACAGCAGACCCCAAACCUGCCUUCCCCCUGCUGAGUCUGGACAGGAACUGCUGCUUUCUGACCCCAGGACACCUCUGCUCUGAAUCCCAGCCUCACACCUGCAUCUCCUGGUGGAUUUCAGCCCCAUUCCCUGCCUGCUUCAGGACCUGGACUGCAAAAAGCUAGGGCAGGAGGAGAGCCAGACUGUGGGGAUCCUGCCUGGAGCCGUGUCCUGCCCAGGAGACACCAAGGGAUGCAAAGCCUGGACACUGCAUCCGUCCUGCCCCACGCUGUGUGUGCAGGAGGAGGGGUGGGAUGAGGGAUUGUACAUACCUGUAUAUAGUGGACAUACCCGAGGGGUUAUUCUGUACCCUGACACAGCCCCUCGGAGGGCCCCUGGCUCCCCUCGCCCUCUCCCUGGGCCGUGGGGCUGGUGGCACCGUGCACAGCCAGGAGGGACCCGAGAGGCUGCUCCCACACUGACAGGAGACUUCUGCCUCUUCUAAACCCAACAGCCCUUCCCUGCCCAGCCAGGGCCACAGCCAUCCGGGGUCCCACCCCCUGUCCGUGCCCCGUGUCUGUAGCUGUGCUCUGGAAGUGCCCAUGGAUCUGCAUGGGACACUCAGAGGGCGUGUCCCUGCUCCCAGCCCUGCUCUUCUCCCCCACAGUCAUUGCUCGGUGUCCCGGGUGGGACUGAGCCUUCCCACUGCAAAGGCUCCCAACUGCCACGGUCUGUGCCACAGGGAGGGGGUUGUGGAUGGGGGGGGAGGGAAGUAAAAGAGUUUUCCUACAGUUUCUGGAUGUGUGUGUGUGCGUGUGUUGGAGCUGGGGGAGCAGCAGGAUGUGACCCAGGCUUGGACACCUCCCUGGGAGACAAUCACAGAAUUGCUGAGAUCGGAAAAAUCUCCUGAGACCAUCGAGUCCAACCAUCCCCCAGCACUGCCAAGGCCACCACUCACCCAUGUCCCCAAGAGUCACAUCCACACAGCUCUGAAAUCCCUCCAGGGAUGGGGACUCCAGCACUGCCCUGGGCAGCUGUGCCAGGGCUGGACAGCCCUUUCAGGGAAGAAAUUUUCUCAGUAUCCAACCUGAGCCUCCCCUGGCACAGCUUGAGGCCAUCUCCUGUCAUCCUGUCCCUGCUCCCUGAAAGCAGACCCUGACCCCUCCCAGCUCCCCCCUCCUGUCAGGGGUUUGCAGAGCCAGAAGGUCCCCCCUGAGCCUCCUUUUCUCCAGGCUGAGCCCCCCCAGCUCCCUCAGCUGCUCCAGACCCUUCCCCAGCUCCAUUCCCUUCCCUGGACACCCAAACCAGGCACCAAUCCUGGAGUCCCACCAAGAGACAGAAAAGGAGCAACCAGUUCUUCCCCACAUUGAUCUCCAUGAAACAUCAACACAAACGGGCACGAGGGGUCUCAGAGACUCAGAGUGAGCAGCUGGACAGGAGAAGCUUCUCUUCCCAGGGUGGUAACACCUCUGGGCUGGAUUUGAUGAGAUCAAGGGUGUGUAAAGUGCUGGGGGGGGUCAAUCUGCUGGAGAAACCAGCCCUGGGAGGAGUGUGUGUGCUGGGAGAGGAGGAAAACACACCCGUGUAAAGAGAUUGACUCUGCCAUAAACCAGAAGUUUAUCAACUCCUAUAGACUGAAAUUUUAUAAACUGAAAGUUUGUCUCUGAACAGCUGCACAGCCCAGCAACAUCACCACUUACCGUGCAAAUAAAACAAAUCACUCCAAAAAAAA